AUCUGGGCCAUGUGCUACAAGCGCUUUUGCCACAGCAGUCGCCCAAGCCGCUGCGACGACCCGCGACCAUGGGCUGCAACUCGAGCAAGCCCGAGAAGCCGAUCACGAUCGACGUCGACGAGCCGUUCCGGCCCAUCGCGUCGCACGACAACCUGCAGAACGCCUUGACGCGCACCGGGGACGGGAAGCACCGCGCAUCCACCGGGUCCUCGGCCGUGCCGUCGUCUGCCGCAUCGGCCAGGUCGCAGGCAACCACCUCGCUCAACGGCGUCUACAACGCGCUUUUGCCUCUGCAAAGUCGGUACUGGAUCGACCCGGACGACUGCGGCAGCUCGCGCAAGAUCAAGUCGUCCUACAUGCAAACUCACCUCGGGUACUACCAGGGCCACCCGACCGUCAUCAAGUCGUUCAUUGGCUACGACAAGCGCCCGGCCAACGUCGUCGACCACGAGCGCGAGGACCUCAUCAAGGAGAUCUGCUCGCUGGCCAAGCUCUCGCACCCCAACAUCGUCGCCUUCCUUGGCUUUACGUACACGACGCCGGACGACCUGAAAUGCGUCACGGAAUUUAUGGACGGCGGCAACCUCCGCAAGCUCCUCGACAACCCAAAGCGAGAGCUGACGUGGGCCACCGAGAAGCUCUCGAUUGCGCUCGACGUGGCCAUGGCGCUCGCCUACCUCCACGAGCUCAAGCCCAAGGUCCUCCACCGCAACAUCAAGGCCGACAAGGUCCUUCUCUCAUCGACGCUCGAGGCCAAGCUUUCAGGCUUUGGCUCGGCGCGCGAGUGGAGCUACAUCCACACCAUGACACAAAAGAUCGGCACCGUCGAGUGGUCGGCGCCGGAAUUGCUGCUGCAUGAAGACUACAACGAGCGGGUCGACAUUUACUCGUUUGGCGUGCUGCUCACGGAGCUCGAUACGCGCUUGCUGCCGUACGCCGACUACACGGAGACGACGAGCGUCCUCGUCACCAACAUCAUCACGGGCAUCAUGCGUCCGGCGGUCUCGCCGUCGUGUCCACGCCCGAUCGCCAAGCUCAUCCACGCGUGCCUCCAGCUCGACUCGAACCUGCGUCCAUCGGCAGACGCGAUCGUGCAGAUCCUGCGCGAGCAACACCGCGUCAUGUGCGAGCAAGCAGCCGUCGACUUAAGCAACAAUCAACAGCACCGACCAAGCACCAAGAAGAAACACCGCGUGCAGCGCAGCCAAGUGUCGUCGGCGUCGCACCUCGACCACACUGGGUCCAACUCGGGCCACUCAAACCCAGGGCUUCUCGUCGGGAGCGGCGGCCUUCUGCAGCCGCAAGUGCCCGAUCCCGAUUUUAUGCAUCUGGUGCCGCUCCGCAACGACUACUGGAUCCACCCCCAGGACGUGGUCGUCUCGCGCAAACUGCCGUCCUCGUACAUGUGUACGAUGCUCGGGCACUUCCGCGGGGACCCGGUCGUCGUCAAGAUGCUCAAUACCGAAAUGGACGCUGGCGCCAUCGACACGGACCGCCGGUACCUCGUCCGCGAGAUUUGCAUCAUGGCCAAGCUCAAGCACCCCAACAUUGUCACCUUUUACGGCUUUGCGUAUACGAACGCCGUCGACCUCAAGUGCAUGACCGAGUUCAUGGCCGGCGGGACCUUGCGCGCGCUCUUGAACAAGCCCAAGCGCGAAUUGACGUGGGACAACCACAAGCUCACGAUCGCACUCGAUGUGGCCAAGGCGCUCGCGUACCUCCACGGACACUCGCCGUGCUUACUGCACCGCAACAUCAAGGCGAGCAAGGUGCUUCUGACGCCGGGUCUCGGCGGGAAGCUCUCGGGGUUUGGGUAUGCGCGCGCCUGGUCGUCACAGGACACACUGACGUCGGCCGUGGGCACGAUGGAGUGGGCUGCGCCCGAGCUCCUUCGCAACGAAGAUUACAGCUCGCCCGCCGACAUUUAUGCGUUUGGGGUGCUUCUGACGGAGCUCGACACGCGGCUUAUCCCGUACGACGAUUUGCGCAAAAGCGAGCCGACGAAGCGCUACAUGACGGACGAGACGCUCAUGAUGAACGUCGUGACCGGCAAAGUCAAGCCGACCGUGUCGCCGUCGUGCCCGCGCUCGAUACUCAAGCUCAUCCACGCGUGUCUGCAGCUCAAGCCCAACGCCCGGCCGUCCAGCGACUCGAUCGUUGCGAUUCUCGAGCAAGAGCGGCUCAUGCGCAUGGGCCUAUAAGGAAACCACGGGUGCUUGACCUGUAAUACAGACUGCUAUCCUCCUGCACA